AUGCCCCUGGCCGCCUACUGCUACCUGCGGGCUGUGGGCAGGGGCAGCUACGGGGAGGUGACGCUCGUGAGGCACCGGCGGGACGGCAGGCAGUAUGUCAUCAAAAAACUGAACCUCCGAAAUGCUUCCAUCCGAGAGCGGCGAGCUGCUGAGCAGGAAGCACAGCUCUUGUCUCAGCUGAAGCACCCCAACAUUGUCACCUACAAGGAGUCAUGGGAGGGAGGGGAUGGUCUGCUCUACAUUGUCAUGGGCUUCUGCGAAGGAGGUGAUCUGUACCGAAAGCUCAAGGAACAGAAGGGCCAGCUUCUGCCUGAGAGUCAGGUGGUGGAGUGGUUUGUUCAGAUCGCCAUGGCUCUACAGUAUUUACAUGAGAAACACAUCCUUCACCGAGAUCUGAAAACGCAAAAUGUCUUCCUAACAAGAACGAACAUUAUCAAAGUGGGUGACCUAGGCAUUGCCAGAGUGUUAGAGAACCACUGUGACAUGGCUAGCACACUUAUUGGCACGCCUUACUACAUGAGUCCUGAAUUGUUCUCAAACAAACCCUACAAUUAUAAGUCUGAUGUUUGGGCUCUGGGAUGCUGUGUGUAUGAAAUGGCUACCCUAAAGCAUGCUUUCAAUGCAAAAGACAUGAAUUCUUUAGUUUAUCGGAUUAUUGAAGGAAAGCUGCCACAAAUGCCAAAAGAUUACAGCCCAGAGUUAGCAGAACUGAUAAGAACAAUGCUGAGCAAAAGGCCUGAAGAAAGACCAUCUGUGAGGAGCAUCUUGAGGCAGCCUUACAUAAAGCGCCAAAUCUCCAUGUUUUUGGAAGCCACAAAGGCAAAAACCUCCAAAAAUAAUGUUAAAAAUGGUGACUCUAAAUCCAAGCCUGUUGCUGCAGUGGUUUCUGGAAAGGCUGAAUCCAGUAAUGAAGUAAUCUCACCCCCACCACACUCCUCUGAGGGCUCCAAGACAUAUGUAAUGGGAGAAGAUAAGUGUUCGUCCCAGGAGAAGCCUGUCAUCAUUGGCCCAUUAAGGAUGCCUGCCAGUCCAAAAGGCCACCCUUGCAAACCAGACAUGAGCAAUACUGCAGAGUCACUAGCCACAAUCAGCAGAGUAAAUAUCAACAUCUUACCUGAAGAAAUGAGGGACUCAGUGAGCUUAGUUCAGGAGGCUCAACCACAACACUUAGAUCCCAUUAAUGAAUUAGAAGGUAAAUGCAGUAUUUCUAAAGUGAAGAAAGAGAGAUUGCAGGAUAACACUAAGUCCAGUGGUCAGCUGGAAAAUCUGAUUCCCACGUGGUCCUCAGAUGAUGCCACCAAAGCAGGGAAUGAUCCAGUGAAGCCUCUGCCAGCUCUAAGGAAAGACCAAAAGCCAAAGGACCAGGAUCCAGUUGCUGGUAAAUAUAUUAUAGAAAAACAAGACAUAAUCUACCCAGGCUUACAGCCACCUAGCUCUGGAGCUGAACCCUCCCUGUCUCGACAGCGACGGCAGAAAAAAAGAGAACAGACCGAGCACAGUGGGGGAAAGAGACAGGUCGGUGGAGAUCUCUUUGGGUUCCAAGAGAUUUCUCCUCAACGUUUGCCUUUUCUUCACACUGUUGGAAAAGCGGAUGUCACAGCAACUCAAAAGAAUGCCGAAAACCAAAGUCAAGCAGAUAGUGGGUCUGUCAGCAGUUCGAGGAACAGUGAAGUCUCAUCUUCAAAGGAUCGACCGUUAUCAGCAAGAGAGAGGAGGCGACUCAAGCAGUCUCAGGAAGAGGUGUUCCCCUCAGGCCCUUCAGUGAGGAGAGCUUCUCUGAGUUCAGUGAGGCCAGGGAAACCUCAGGAGGAAGGCCAGCCCCUCCCUGCCAGACGAUUCUCUUCUGACUGCAGUGUUGCUCAGGAAAAGAAACUGAUCCAUUAUUUGUCUGAGGAGGAGUUUAGUUCUUCUACGAGUUCAACUGAUAAGUCAGAUGGGGAUUCUAGGGAAAGUAAAAGUAACACAAAUGAAAUGAGUGACUUGGUGCAAUUGAUGACUCAGACCUUGAAACUGGACUGCAAAGAGAGCUGUGAAGAUUUCCCAGUACCUAAUCCAGUAUCAGAGUUUAAACUUCAUCGGAAAUACCGGGAUACACUGAUACUUCAUGGGAAAGUUGCAGAAGAGGCGGAGGAACUCCAAUUUAAAGAGCUACCUUCAGCUGUUGUGCCAGGGUCUGAAAAGAUCAGGAGAAUAGUUGAAGUCUUGAGAGCUGAUGUAAUCCAGGGCCUGGGGAUUCAGCUUUUAGAGCAAGUAUAUGAUCUUUUGGAAGAGGAAGAUGAAUUGGAGAGAGAGGUACGCUUGCGGAAACACAUGGGUGAAAAGUAUACAGCUUAUAGUGUGAAAGCUCGCCAGUUGAAAUUUUUUGAAGAAAAUGUGAAUUUUUGA